AUGUGCGGACGGACUUUUGCGUUUUCUGGUGCAAAACGAUAGAUUUUCCCGAGAAAAUAGUAAUUUUGCGUUCCGCCGAGUUGUCGCUGGUUCUUAGUUGAAUUUUAGUGUUGCAAAGUGUGUAGUUUUUUGUGAUUUGUCACCAUGGUGAAGCGAAAUCAUAAGUUUAAAUCUGGCGAGGGUGCCAUGUACUACACCCGGAAGACCGCCAUGAACAAGUUGCAGCUAUCUAUAAGAGAUUUCCGCCAGCUUUGCAUCCUGAAGGGUAUCUAUCCACGUGAGCCCAAACACCGGGCGCGUGCACAGCAUGGUUCGCGGGAAUUGAAGAUCUUGUACCAUAAGAAAGAUAUAACUUUCCUGCUGCACGAGCCGAUCGUGUGGACGCUGCGCGACCGUAAGAUCUACAACCGUCGGAUAAGGCAUGCGGCGGCGAAGAAAAACAUUCAUUUGCGUGACAUUCGACUGGCGAAUUAUCCGCAGCUGAAGCUGGACCACAUCGUUAAAGAACGUUAUCCUACGUUUAUUGAUGCGAUCAAAGAGCUGGAUGAUUGCAUGACGUUGCUAUUCAUGUUCAGCACGUUUCCGGCGACGAAAAUUAUCACCCGUGAGCUAACACGAAUGAGUCGCCGGCUGACGGUGGAAUUUAUGCACUACGUCAUUGCGGCACAGGCCUUGCGGAAGGUGUUCGUCUCGAUCAAGGGUUAUUACUUCCAGGCCGAAAUCAAGGGCGAAACAGUGACGUGGAUCGUACCGCAUUACUUCCCGUAUGCUCCCCAUCGCGGGGAAAUGAUCGACUUGAGCAUUAUGAAGUCGUUCGGCGACUUUUUUACGGUGAUGGCCGGUUUCAUCAACUUUCGCUUGUAUAAUUCAGUCAAUCUCGCGUAUCCGCCUCAGUUCGCGCAGUCUUUCGACUCGGACGAAACGAUGGCGAACGAGCAGCGGUUCCUGGAUGACCGCAUUCAGGCGCUGAACGUAGAGCUGCUUCGUUCGGACGGUGGUAACGGUGAAGUGGAAGAGCCCGAGUUGCUCGAGUUUGCGGGCAACGAUGAAGAACUGCCUCACGUGAGCCAGAUCCGCGAGGAGGCGCAAAGCUUGAACAAGCUCAAGACACUCUUCAAGGGGCUGAAGUUUUUCCUAAACCGUGAGGUUCCACGUGAGCCGCUGGUGUUUAUAAUUCGAUGCUUUGGUGGCAAAGUUUCAUGGGAUCGGACAAUGUCCGUGGGAGCGUCGUUCGAUGAGGGCGACGAAACGAUCACGCAUCAGGUUGUCGAUCGACCGAGCAUGGAAAAGCAGUACAUCUCGCGCGAUUAUAUUCAGCCUCAAUGGGUGUUCGAUAGUGUGAAUCAGCGGCGACUGCUUCCGACAAACAAAUAUUUCAUCGGUGCAGUGUUGCCACCGCAUCUGUCACCGUUCACGCAAGCCAACGAAAGUUACGUUCCACCGGAGGAACUUGCGAUGCGUAGAGGUGAGGAGGAAAGCAAUGAAUUUGAGCAGGCUAUUUCGGGCGCGGAUGGUGACGAGGAACACAUCUCCGACGAUGAGGAAGUGCUGGAUCCGGAAGAGGAACAACAAAAGCAGGACUACGCUCUACUGAAAGCGUUCGAUGCAGAACGAACAGACGAAUUGGAGUCCGGCAACAAUGAGGAUGAAAAUGAGACGAAUGACCAGGAUAAGAAGCAGGCCCAGGAGAACGGCAAGAAACAAAACGAAACGAUAGACAAAAAACAGAAAGCAAACCAGUCGGCUAAUGGGAAACCGAAAAGUAAGGUCAAGCGGGGAACGACGUUCAAGGAAAACGAGGAAGAACAGCGGUUGGUCAACAAAAACGAAGCAGCACUGCGUGCGCGUAUGGUUAAGCCGAAGCAUCGCAAACUGUACUCGAAGAUGAUGGAAUCCAAGAAAGCAUCCGACAAGGAAGCCAAUCUCCUGGCAAAAAAACGUGCGCAAAUUGAUAAACAAAAGAAAACAGAACAGGUUCAAAAACAGAAGCAACAGAGGAAGAACAUUUUGGGAUAGCAGUGAAAGGGGGGAAUGAGUAACGGAAAAUUCCAAAUGAAGGAAUGCUGUUUUUCUCAUAGAAAAUAAUAUUAACAUCUUCGAUAUA